CGCUGCUAUCGAUAUCUCCAGAGUAUUGAUGUCCCUGGUUCUUUCAUCAAUAGAAAAUAUAGCGAUCGAUCAACUUCUUAAUGCGUCGAUCUUCCACCAAACUUCCUGUAUUGAAAAAUUACUAUACAUUCAAAAACGUUUUCCAAGCGAGAUAUGCUUUACCAACUUUUAGAUCAGCUUUGCAACCCUUGAUUGUCAAUCGCGAAGUUGCACAUCAGCAGAUUGUCACAAGGGCAUUCGGCUCGCCGUUUAAAGUGCUAUACAGUACUGCAGUAACAAAAGAACGGCAAAAUAUACCAGUGGGAGAUUGUCCUGGAUGUGGUGCUCCUUUCCAGACGUCUGAUCCUAAGCAACCAGGUUAUUACGUUGAAAGGAAGCCUGCUAAGCCAAAAAGCGACUACCUAAAGAAAUCCAACACAAAGGAGAUAACUAAUGAGGAGUACGAAAACAUGCUUCGUAAUGAUCCAGAACUUCAAGCAUUAUUGAAUGGAGCAGAAGAAGAUGAGUCUCUACAGUGUGCUGAUAAUACAGGUAGAGAUGAUAUGCAACCAAAAGAAAAUGAAUUUGAGAAUGUCGACACAAACAAUUUUGCGCAAGGCACAGCAGAAUCAGAUAAAGUAAAGAAAGCAGACCGUAUAAUAUGUCAGCGUUGUUAUCAACUUCAAUAUCAUAACAAUCCCAUUACAGAAUCUACGCCUCAAUUUCUUAGACAAUCACAGCAGUAUGGCUCUCUUGACUUUCUUAAAACAAAAAACUCACCACUUAUUGUCGCUGUAUUUGAUAUCACUGAUCUGCCUGGCUCGUUAGGAAAAUUACCACAACUGAUUCAAAAGAAUCCCAGUGCUCGUCUAAUACUUGCUGCCAAUAAGUUCGACAUAUUACCAGCAAAAGCGAGACAUCAUGAAAAUCGUAUUCGAGAUUGGAUCAUACAGCAUAUGAAAUCAGUCGGCAUUUCAACUAAACAAAUUCUCUCCGUAACUAUGGUAAGUGCAAAAAAAGGUUGGGGUAUAUCUGCUUUGAUGCGCAAAAUCGACCAGGAGCGACGACCUGUAGAUGAUGUAUAUAUGGUGGGCUGCACAAACGUUGGAAAGUCUGCGAUUAUCAAUAAAUUCAUGACUCAAAUAAGAGGUUCAUUAGACGAGCAAGGUAAACGGCUAAAGGAAGAUCUGAAAGCACAAUACAAAAUCACCAGUUCUGCGGCACCUGGUACAACAAUGGGACGCAUCAAAAUACCAUUGUACGCUUUAGGCAUGCUUACACCAGAAGAGAUAGAAGCGAGUAGAAAAGGAAAUCGUUUAGUCACUCGAAACCGAUAUCUUAUAGAUACACCAGGGCUAAUUAACGAUCAACAACUAUUUCACUUAUUAUCUUAUGAAGAACAAAAAAAGUUGGCCGCUCAAAGGGAAAUGAAGCCUAUUACUUUCCGUUUAGAACCGGGAAAAUCAUUUCUAUUAAAGCCUCUUGUACGCAUCGAUCUAAUAGAAGCAAGCAACCCUGUUUUAAUGACAUUGUUCAGUCCAUUAGCACCACAUUUGACAAAAACUGAAAAACUUCCAUCAGCAUAUUACGAUCAGCAGCCGGCACAGCAUCCGCGACAACUAAAUAAUGAAAGCAUUCUGAAGACAAGUCUAUUGACUCCUUUAAACGAAAUUGUGAAAGUAAGAGGAGUGCAUCCAUCUCAUGCUUCAGUCGAUUUUAGUUUUGCAGGUAUUGGCUGGGUAGCAUUAAGCGGCAUGUUUGAAAAUGCAAGCUUCAGAAUCUGGUUGCCCAAGAAUUUGAAGCUGGAUGAAGUUUUCACAAUACGUGAGCCACCAUUCUUACCGUACGAAUAUAAAGGAAAUAUUAGAAAGUUUUUCGGGACUGGCGAACGUACAAAAAUGUGAAUAUUCAAACCUUCUGUACAUCUUUGAAACUGUUUGAAAUUGUAAAUCGACCACUAUUGUAGUAAUCUUAAUUAAGUCAACUUUUUUUAAGAAAAAACCUGUAUUGUAUGUAGAUAGUCGAGCAAUA